GUGUAAGGCUUUGGGGAAGGUGGUAUGCCUAGUUGGGGGUCUGGGAACACAGAAGUGAGGGAUCUAGGAAGGCUUCAUUUAGGAAGUGGGAUUUCAGCUGAGUUUGAUGAACAGGAAACGUGAGUCAGUGGAUAAGCCAUCUUGCCAAUCAGGCUCAAAGAGAGAACUCUUCCCAAGAUGGACAGGGAGGGGCUUUGCGAAAUGGAGGAAGUUAGAGCCGCUAGAUAGGGUGAGAAUAAUUUCCCACUCCUCAGGACUGUCAACCAGUCACUCUGUCUCUAGCAGCGUCCUGACAGCUUGUCUUCGGGAGCUGCCCAGGCCACACCUCCUGAGGCGCAGGACUGCUGAUAUGGGAGCUCUUCCCUGGCUGCUCCUCCUCUUGCUGUUCCAGGAAGCUGACGGGGACUCUGGAGAUGGUGUGGAGACCAAGGAAGUGGCUGCGGUCCUUCAGGAGUCCAUCAGUCUCCCCCUGGAGAUACCCCUGGAUGAAGAGGUUGAGAGCAUCAUCUGGUUCUCCCACAGAAGGCUCGCCACCGUGGUGCCAGGGAAAGGGGGCCAUCCAGGUACCAUCACAGUGACCGACCCUAAAUACCAGGGCCGAGUGAGCUUUCUGGAGCCCACCUUCUCCCUGCAUAUCAGCAAUCUGAGCUGGGAGGACUCGGGGUCUUACCAAGCUCAAGUCAACCUGAGGACAUCCCAGAUCUUCACUACGCAGCAUUACAAUCUCCAUGUCUACCGACGGCUCUCAGAGCCUCACCUGACUGUGAAAUUUGAGAUCUCUGGGGAAGAAGGUACCUGCACCAUGUCCCUGGCAUGCUCCAUAGAGAAAGCAGGCCUGGACGUGACCUACAGCUGGAUAUCCUGGGAGGAUGGCACUGCCACGGCCCAUGAAGGCUCUGUCCUCAGCACAUCCUGGAGGCCCGGGGACAAGACCCUCUUGUAUACCUGCAGGGCCAGCAACCCCGUCAGCAAUGCCAGUUCCCGUCCCAUCCCUGCUGGGCCCUUCUGUGCAGAUCCAGGCUACCCUUCGGAGGCUUCCACGUCCUUCUGUCUCCUGGCCAAAGGGUUGCUGGUCCUCUUGCUUUUUGUAAUUCUGGCUGUGGGGCUCUGGCUCAUUCGAGUCAAGACCAGAUGCAAGAUGCCAAAAAUGAGGAAGCUCAAGAGAAACAGGAUGAGACUGAGAAAGAAGGGAAAGCCUGACCCCAGCCUGGCCUGAUGGCCCCUUGGGGACCCCUGUCCUGAGGGAUGUUUCUUCCCAGCCCCCGGGGAUCCCUUCUUCUCCUCCCCCAGGCUCUUCUCCUCCAAGGGCGCCCAGGGGUGGGUGUCCCAAGGGCCAUGGUCCCUGAGGGAAGAUUGUCUGGCAAUAAAGUCAGAUUAGGUGACCCCACUCAGGAGGAGCUGUUUGGUCCUUCACUGGGUGACUCUGGCAAAACCUGUAUCAUCUAUGUCUCUUCCAUUCUAGGUGCCCUCCUCCGAGCCCACAUGCCUCUCCCACAGCUGCCUUUGGGGGAGGAAAGUGAGUCAAAAAAACCCACUCCCAUUGAGGUGUCAGGAUGUUGUUUUUCACACCCACCCCA